CCCAGACACACUAAACUGUGACAGCGCGAGAAGGUACGGACCUCAAGCAUCUCUGAAGGGUUUUGGACUUACGGCUGAAGUUUUGUUUCAGGAUGUCUUUAAAUGGCAGUUGUUUGACUGAAGAGCAGUUCACCUGCUCUAUAUGCCUGGAUGUGUUCACCAAUCCUUCAUCUGCACCAUGUGGCCACAGCUUCUGCAUGGCCUGCAUCACCAGAUACUGGGAUGGAUCUCAGGUUUGCCAGUGUCCUUUGUGUAAGAAAACCUUUCAGAUACGACCGGACCUCCAGAUCAACAGGACUCUGCGAGAGAUAACAGAUCAGUUCAAAUCUAUGAAAGGCGGAGUGUCAGAGAAGGACAAGAAGGGAAAAAAGAUGGGACACAAAAAUCACAACUUUAUGGCAGAACUAAAAAUGAAGCUGCCAAAACCUCUGCCCAGGAACAUUGUAACUCAAUCCCAGGCACAUUCUUUCCCAGGUCUGUCUACGUCACCUUUGCACCAGAAUGGCACAACCACGAUGGCUUUAUUGGUACCGAACCACCGCGGGUCUUCCAGUCUGGACCAAAGCCCUGAGCAUCAUUAUCUUAACCACCAUCGCUUCCCUCAUACGAUGUCCUACGCCAGCAGCCGCAGGAGGUUCACUCUGAGUGGAGCGGCCAGUAGCAAGAACGUCCCUCAGUGCGAAAUCCAUAAUAGAGGAAUACUGCUUUACUGUAAAUCCGACCAAGUGUGCAUCUGUCCUGAAUGUGAGAUCGAAGACCACAACGAUCACGACACCGUCAGUGUGGAGGCCGAGUGGAUGGAAACCAAGAUGCUGCUGAGGGACUCAGAGCAGGACAUCCAGGACAUGAUCAGCGAGAGGAGGAGGAAGAUCGAGGAGAUCAGGGAGUCUGUGACGGAGCUGGAGAUGGCGGUGGAGCGGGAGACGUCGGGCACCGUGUGCCUCUUCUCGGCGCUGGCCUCCGCCAUCGAGCGGUCCCAGGCGGACCUGAUAGAGGUGAUGGAUAACAGCCGCAGGUCGGCGGAGCAUCAGGCCGACGCCAUGAUCCAUCAGCUUGAGAGGGAGAUCGAAGAACUCCAGAGCAGAGAAGCUUCUCUCGCUGAACUCGCCCAGUCAGAGGAUCACGUUCACUGCGUCACGACUUUCCCCAGCCUGUCCACACCUCCAGUCACCAAAGACUGGAGCGGAGUGUCGCUGAACACCGACCUGGGAACGGCCGCCAUCUACAGAUCUUUGGCAGCCACAGUGGAAAAGUUCCAGCGAGAUCUAAGGAAUAUUCUAGAAAAUGGUUUUCCCUCUCGUGUAUUGGAAGCCGGUCUGGCACAAACAAAGUCCAGAGAAAAGAGGAUGCAGGAUUUUGCACUGAACGUAACCCUGAACUCCAGCACCGCCCAUCCCAGGCUGAUCCUUGCAGAAGAUUUGAAAAGUGUUUGGUGUGGGGAUCGACACCAUCACGUUCCAGAUACUCCAGAGAGGUUCGACAGAGUCGUCUGUGUCCUGGGAAGAGAAGCAAUCUCCCAUGGGAAACAUUACUGGGAGGUGGAGGUGAACGGGAAAACGGACUGGGAUCUGGGCGUGGUCAGACAGUCCGUCAACAGGAAGGGGAAGAUCGAUUACACCCCAAACAACGGCUUCUAUUUCCUCAGCUUACGAGACAAACACAACUACGCCUUUCGCUCUGAGCCUUGCACAGACGUGGAGAUAAAACUUCGACCUCAUAAGAUUGGAGUUUUUGUGGACUAUGAGAAAGGAGAGGUAUCUUUUUACAACGUCGAUGCCAAAGUCCACAUCUACACUUUCCACGACAUCUUCACCGAGAACCUCUUCCCCUUCUUCAGCCCCUGCACCAACAAAUCAGGAAAAAACGAAAUGCCCCUGAUCAUCACUCCAGUACACAUGGAGUAAAAGCUAACAUGUUUUUAAAGUUCCUCAGAUACUUCA